CUACGUCUAGCAAAUUUCACACGUGAAUUAUACCGUCACAAAAAAAAGGAAUUAUAACUUCCCCUAGCAUUCCCAUUUCCCACUCGCUCUCUGAGAAUCAGUGCCUUGUGAAAUACAAGAGAGGGACCCCAAGAUACAAGAUACAAGAUAAGAGCUUGAUAGAUAUAGAGCUACGUUUCUCUAUGCAUUUCUCUGAACUAGUAUACCGUCGAAAUAUUAUAUAUCUGUGGUGUCUCGAAUUAUAGGCUACCUUCAAUCACAAACAUGGCAGCCGCCUUGAAACAUUCACGAAGUAUGUGGUCAGGCCGAAGAUUACUAAAUUCCCUGGCGUCUAGACUACAAAAUGAAAUUGGGAACGGUACUAAACGGCCUAUAGCACGCAAAUAUCACCUUGAUGCAAUCCCUACAAUUGGCACAGCGGUCGAUAAAAACUCAGCUGAUUUUCAAGAAAAUCAUGAACGAAUGGUGACACUCAUUGAUGAGUUGAAAAGCAAAAUCAACACGAUCGUUGAAGGAGGUGGCGAAAAGGCAAAGCAGAAACAUCUAUCCCGGGGCAAGCUAUUAGUCCGUGAUAGAAUAAAUCACCUUUUAGAUCCUGGCUCACCAUUUUUAGAGUUUUCUCAGCUUGCAGCAUAUAACCUCUAUGGUAAAGAAGAAGUGCCAGCCGGUGGGAUUAUUACUGGAAUAGGCCGUGUGGCAGGCACGGAAUGCCUGAUAGUUGGGAAUGAUGCUACAGUAAAGGGAGGAAGUUAUUAUCCAAUCACCGUAAAGAAACACCUUAGAGCUCAAGAAAUCGCUGCACAGAACAACCUGCCAUGUAUAUAUUUAGUUGAUUCUGGUGGAGCCAAUCUUCCUCGCCAAGCAGAUGUCUUCCCAGACAGAGAUCAUUUCGGUAGGAUAUUCUACAACCAAGCACAGAUGUCUGCUGCUAACAUUUCACAGAUAGCUGUUGUUAUGGGAAGCUGCACAGCAGGUGGCGCUUAUGUACCAGCAAUGGCAGAUGAGAGCAUCAUAGUCAAAGGGCAAGGUACUAUCUUCCUUGCUGGCCCGCCGCUGGUAAAGGCAGCAACAGGUGAAGAGGUAUCUGCUGAAGAUCUUGGCGGUGCGGAUUUGCACUGCGGGAAGUCCGGAGUCACUGAUUACUACGCUACCGAUGACAUGCAUGCGGUACAUCUGUGCAGACGCAUCGUACGAGGCCUUAACAAGACCAAGCAGCCAGAGGUGACGGUCUGGGAGCCAGAAGCGCCGGUGCUGCCAGCCGAAGAUCUCUAUGGCAUCGUCGGCGAUAACCUCAUGAAGACAUUCGACGUACGGGAGGUGAUCGCGAGAAUCGUCGACGGCAGCAAGUUUGACGAGUUCAAGGCCAUGUACGGAGAUUCCAUCAUCACAGGUUUUGCUAGGAUUUACGGAUAUCCGGUGGGCAUCGUGGGAAACAAUGGCGUGUUGUUUGCGGAGUCUGCACUGAAGUGCACUCACUUCAUUGAACUAUGCUGCAAGCGCAAGAUUCCGCUCGUGUUCCUGCAAAAUAUAACAGGAUUCAUGGUUGGCAAGGAUGCUGAGGCUGGUGGAAUCGCGAAGCACGGUGCCAAGAUGGUCACGGCCGUCGCGUGCGCAAAAGUACCAAAGUUCACUGUGAUUAUUGGUGGCUCGUACGGCGCGGGCAACUACGGCAUGUGUGGACGGGCGUACGGCCCGAGGUUCCUGUACAUGUGGCCUAAUGCACGCAUCUCUGUGAUGGGCGGACCACAGGCUGCGGGCGUGCUCGCUCAGAUCACUAAGGACCAACGACAACGUGAAGGAAAGCCGUGGACAGAAGAAGAGGAGAAAGCCCUGAAAGAUCCAAUCAUUAAGAGAUUCGAGGCGGAAGGAAGCCCUUACUUCUCCAGUGCAAGGCUGUGGGACGACGGCGUCAUUGAUCCAGCCGACACGCGCACCGUGCUCGGACUCAGUCUGUCCGCCUCGCUGAACGCACCCAUCCCGGAGACGAAGUUCGGCGUGUUCCGCAUGUAAGCAGCCGUGAUGCUGCGAUGGCAGGAAAAUCUACGGAGAUCGGGAUAGUCAGGGCUAGCUGGAAGAUAUACGGAGGUUGGGAUGGUCAGUGCAAAACAGGAAAAUCUACGGGGUUCGGGAUGGUCAGGGAUAGCAGGAUCACCUACGGAGGUUCGGAUAGUCACGGAUAGCAGGAUGACCUACGGAGGUUGGGAUAGUCAGGGAUAGCAGGAUGACCUAUGGAGGUUGGGAUAGUCAGGGAUAGCAGGAUGACCUACGGAGGUUGGGAUAGUCAGGGAUAGCAGGAAGAUAUACGGAGGUUGGGAUAGUUAGGGAUAGCAGGAAGAUCUACAGAGAUCGCGAUGAUCAGUGCUAUCAGGAGCGAGUAGCGUUGUGGGAGUUAGUGCGGCGGAAAAGGGGGAGACAAUGGAAUCUGUAGAGACUGGUGACACGUAAAUGUCGGGUGAGGAAUUGGUGUGAUUCCGCAGAGGAGUAGGCGGCCUUUUCAUAGACUGUUCUGUGGAUUCAUGAUAACAAACGAGGACCAGAAAUUGCAUGAUGGCACAGUAGUCGGUACAGUAUUGGUUAGACAUUAGCCCGUUGUAUUAAUUAGCUUUAAUUACAGACAGUUUAUAUUUUAGAUGAAAACUUGUUUGAGAUUAGAAUGAUAGUGAGGAAACGACUCCAUGUUACUGUUAUCAUGUAGAUUAAACAGAAAUGCAGUCAAAAAUUCGUUACAUGGA